AUGGCAAGACGCGGAGCAUCAUCAGCUAGAAUCUCAAAGGCACCAGCCACCACUUCAUCGGCACCAAAGCCAACCACUGCUUCAAAGCCAGCAUCUGCACCAACCCAGAAUGCUACUCCACAGCCAACACCAGUCGUCAUGCAGGGACCAGGUUUGCUCUCAACCAUGGCCUCCUCAAUGGCCGGUGCUGUCGCCGGUAACGUCAUUGGUCACGCUCUGGUCGGUGGUGUCAGCUCAAUGAUGGGCGGCAACAACGAGCCACAAACUCAAGUUCCACAAGACACCAACAUGCAGACCGUUGCCACCGAGACCAACGUUUGCAACCCAAUCUACAAGUCAUUCAUGAACUGUUUGGAGAAGAACUCUAACGAUCUUACAUCGUGCCAGUUCGUCUACGAUGCUUUCUUGGAUUGCAAGAGAAACGGUGGUGGUGAGAAGGCUACCUACUACUAA